AUGGAUCUAAGGAAGGCUGCUGCUCUGUGUCUGGGGCUGUGGAGUGCCUGGCUCUGGGCUGGACAAAAUUCUCAAGCUGCAUCUGUGUUACCCCCUUCACACAGGCUGCCAGGGGCAACUAAGAGGGACCUGCUUUCUGGGCACACACUUGCCACUUUGCUCAAGGACCCUAAGAACCACAUACCCUCCAGGAAAGAGCCCAUAGGGAAGGGCACAGUGAUACCCCACGACUACAUGCUGUCUCUCUACAAAAGUCUGUCCAGGAGAGAGCCCAGAGGGCUAAAGUCUAAUUUAACAAGAGACAAAGCAGUGGCCAACACUAUAACCAGCUUUGUAGAUCAAGGAGAAGAUGAUGAUACUGUGUUGCCUUCUCCAGAACAGAGGUACCUGUUUGACACCAGCACUUUACCAGAGAUGGAUGACAUUGUAAAUGCUGAACUUCGGGUUCUACGAAGGUUUCCAACCAACACAAGUUCAGUGGUCUCUGAGACAGGGAACCUGGUUCAUUUCCAUGUAUACACCUGUCCUACCACCUGGCAGGAACCCAAGGUUCUAGAUUCUAGAUCAUCAGAUCUUCUGGACUCCACAAGUUCUAAGUGGGAAGUAUUUCAAGUCUUGAAGGCCAUGGACAACAGGAAACAUCCUUUGUGCUUAAUGCUGAAGAUGACUUCUGACCUCACUGAGAAAUCUCUGCCACCUUUGCAACUGGGAUUUAACCGACAUGGAGAAGAGGCUAAUGAAAAGCCUUUGCUGGUUGUCUACUCCCACUCAAAGAGGAAGGAAAAUCUAUUUAAGGAGAUCAGAGACAAAAUUAAAUCAAUGGGAAACCCAAAAGUUCUGGAGCCACCAGAUUCUGGCCAGAGAUCCAUUACCAGAAGAAGAAGUAAAAGGUCAACCCUGCCCACAAGGACACAUAACGGUAAGGGUAAUGGGAAAAGGUCCAAAACUAGGUGCAGCAAGAAGCCCCUCCAUGUAAAUUUUAAAGAGCUGGGUUGGGAUGACUGGAUCAUAGCACCGUUGGACUAUGAAGCAUAUCACUGCGAAGGUGUUUGUGAUUUCCCCCUCAGAUCCCACCUAGAGCCCACCAAUCACGCCAUCAUACAGACAUUAAUGAACUCCAUGGACCCUGAGUCCACACCACCAAGCUGCUGUGUACCCUCCAAACUCAGUCCAAUCAGUAUUUUAUAUAUAGACUCUGGCAACAAUGUAGUCUACAAACAAUAUGAAGACAUGGUGGUUGAGAGCUGUGGGUGUAGGUAGCAGAUGUUCUAA